UGUGCCUCGUGUAAUCUCCCGCGUGUUCUCCUCGCCUCGCUUUGCGACUCGCUUCACCCUCCCCAGCCUCCAGAGUCACCGCGGACUGCGUCUCAUGCCGAACCCGCGAAAGUACAACGCGGUGGUCCUCGGAGCUGGAGGAGUGGGCAAGUCGGCGCUUGCAACGCGUUUCCACCGCAAGGUCUUCGUCGAGCAGUACAACCCCACCAUCGAAGAGGAGUAUCGCUGCGAGGUCACGGUUGAUGGCGAGCGAUGUAUCCUCGAGAUUCUCGACACGCCGGGCACCGAGCAAUUCACAGCACUCAAUGAACGGUACCUGAGAGGUGCACAAGCAUUCAUACUUGUAUUCAGUUUGAUUGAAGAGUCCAGUCUCAAAGACGUCGAUAACAUCCGACAGCAGAUUUAUCAACUCAAAGGCACCGACAAGGUGAGAUUAAUUGCAUUCCCGUCUCAACUGGGGCACGAACACGACGAAUCUGAUAUUGCUGAACAGGACAUACCCAUUGUCGUCGUUGGCACCAAGCUGGAUCUGAGUAACGAGCGAGCCGUCUCGCGGGACACCAUUAAAGACCUCGCCGUCCAGUGGAACCUGCCGUUUUACGAAACAUCCGCGAAGAAGGACUGGCAUGUCACCGACGUCUUCGAGGAUCUGGUGCGGCAGCUGCGCAAUCGAUACCCGGAUGCGCCUCGCAGCCGAAGAAAGAAGAAAGAUACCUGCUGCGUGAUGUGAUGCUCUCUCUCUUCUGUACCCAUUGUCUCUCGUUUCCAGCUACGCUCUCGUGUCGUGCCGUGCUUUGCCGUCUCGCGCACACCAGGCCCCUCGAUACCUUUCCUUCCAUUGUCUGUGCGGUCCGUGCUAUUUAUU